CAAGCUGAAGUAAAACCAUCAAAGGUGGUAGAGCAUGAAGCUUCUCAAAUUAAGGCGCCGACUUCACUGCCUCUCAGGGUUGCAGAAGUUGAAGUAGAAUCAUCAAAGGUAACAGAGGAAGUUUCUCAUACUGAGCCAUCACCUUCACUGCCUCUCAGAGUUGCACAAGCUGAAGUAGAUCUAUCAAAGGCGAUGGAGCAUCAAGCUUCUCAAACUGAGGCAUUGCCUUUACUGCCUCUCGGAGUUGCACAAACUGAUGUUGAAUCAUCAAAGGUGAUGGAGCAUGAAGCUUCUGAAACUAAGGCAUCACCUCCACUGCCUCUCAAAGUUGGGCAAACUGAAGUAGAACCAUCAAUGGUGACAGAGCAUGAAGCUUCUCAAACUGAAGUAGAACCAUCCAGGGUGACGGAGCAAGAAGCUUCUCAAACUGAGGCAUCACCUUCACUGACUCUCAGAGUUGCAGAAACUGAAGAAGAACCAUCAAAGGUGAUUGAUAAUGAAGCUGUCAGGGUUGCAGAAACAGAAGUAGAUUCAUCGAAGGUGUCACAGCAUGAAACACACAUGCUUGAGACUGGUCCAUUGGUCGCUGUGGACAUUGCAGAGGAGAACAUUCCAGCUUUGUGUCAGAAUAUCCAAGACAAUGAUGAUGGCAGUCUAGCAACAGUUAAGCGGUCGUCAUGUACCAUUGAUCAACAAGAAUCAGAAACUUCGUCAGCACCUGGUGGGGAAAGCAGUCCAUUCCAAACUAAUGUUGCACAAACUGAAGCAGAACCAUCAGAGUUGAUAGAGCAUGAAGCCUCUCAAAGUAAGGCAUCAGAGGUGAUAGAGCAUGAAGCCUCUCAAAGUAAGGCAUCGCCUUCACUGCCUCUUGGAGUUGCAAAAAUGGAAGUAGAACCAUCAGAGGUGAUUGAUAAUGAAGCUUGCACGCCCCAGGACUGCCCACCUUCACUAUCUCUUGGAGUUGCAGAAAUGGAAGUAGAAUCAUCAGAAGUGAUAGACCGUGAAGCUUGCAUGCCCCAGGCCUGUCCACCUUCACUACCCUUUGGAGUUGCAGAAAUGGAAGUAGAACCAUCGGAGGUGACAGACAGUGAAGCUUGCAUGCCCCACACCUGCUCAGUGUUUGCUGUCGUGGAUACUGCAAAAGAAAACAUUCCCGCCCUGCAUCAGAUCAUCCAUGUCCAUCCUAGUGGUGCUCCGAGUCCACUAAAGAAAAACAUUUUGACGUCGCAUGACAAUAUCCAGGCUGAAGGGGAUACGACUCCAGUGAAGGGAUCCAUGUUUGCUUCGCAUCCAAAUGUGCAGGCUAUAGGGGAAAUGACUCCAGUAACUCUCUUGACCCAGAAGCUGUCCUCGAUUUCUCUUGGAGCCGCUAAUGGAGAUGCAACUCCGUUGACUCUGUUGGCGCAGAAGCUGUCCUCCAUUUCUCUAGAGGAUGCCACCGACUAGGUGUCUUGAUCUGGUAGAGGCUCCGAGUUCCACAAGAAAUGCUGCUGGUUGUUCCUGACUACAUCCUUGUUAUUCAGAAGGCAACUUCAGCUGAAGUUAGUACAAAAAACUGUCCUGCAUUUUCUUUUGUUGUUUUAUUUAGAAGUUCAAAGAGUGCUACGAGUGUUAAAGCCCAGGACAUGGUUAAAACUGUGAUGUUCUGUUCUGCAAAACACUAGACCUAGUAUGUCAGCUGCAGAUUUGCGAGUAAAGCGUACAUGAUUACCAUUUGUUCAUCUCAGUUGCUAUGGUAAUAGUAGUGUUUUUACGCAGGUACUACACGAGAGUAACUGAUGUUAUCUUGAAUAGUU